GCCCGGGGCGGCCAGUCGCGGCCCGGAGCUGCGGAGCUUGGCUUCUCUGCCCGCUCGGACGGCGCGCCCGCUCGGCCAUGGAGCAGGGCCCCGACCCCGAGGAGGCGCGCACGGUGCGCGAGGCGCUGGGCCGCUACGAGGCGGCGCUGGAGGGCGCGGUGCGCGCGCUGCACGAGGACAUGCAGGGGCUGCAGCGCGGCGUGGAGCGGCGCGUGGCGGAGGCUCUGCGCCUGGCCGGCCCGCUGGCGCGCACGGUGGCCGAGCUGCAGCGCGACAACCAGCGGCUGCAGGCGCAGCUCGAGCGCUUGACGCGGCAGGUGGAGGCGCUGGGCUUGGCGACCGGGCCGUCCCCCGCGCCCGGAACGCCCGGCUCGCCCGGCUCGCCCAGCCCCCCGCCCGCGCCCGGCGUCCCCAGCCGCGCGCCCCGCCUGGGCACCGCGCGCUUCGCCAGCCACGCCACCUUCUCGCUGUCCGGCCGCGGCCAGAGCGUGGAUCACCAGGACGAAGCCAGCGAGGUGGACACAAGAAAGGCCUCAGACUCGUGCAUCGUUGAGAACGGGCACCAGCCUGGGACAGGUCUGGGCGAUAGGUCCCCAGAAGCCGCUGGAACCUUACCAGCACCAGAGCCCCCCAGGCCUCGCCCCGUGAGCCUCUCCCUGCAGCUGCCUCACCAGCCGGUCACGGCCAUCACUCGGGUCUCGGAGAGGUUUUCAGGGGAGACCUCGGCCGCGGCUCUCUCGCCCACGUCUGCCGCCAUCCUGGGGGGCCCCAGCCCGAGCCCCAGUGAGGCCACCGCACCCCGGACUCCAGUUCCCAGCGAGAAGAGUCCUUCCGCCCCGAGGUUGAGCUCUGGCUACUACAGGGCAGCAUCGGCCGGCAGGAGCGACAGCCCACCCCUGGUGACGCCUCCGUCUCCACCAGCCACCGCCCAGGCCCGGCGCCGGGAGCUGGUCAGGUCGCAGACGCUGCCCCGCACGUCCGGGGCGCAGGCCCGGAAGGCCUUGUUUGAGAAGUGGGAGCGUGACACCGCGGGCAAGGGGAAGGGCGAGGUGCGGGCCAAGCUGAAACGGUCGCAGAGCUUCGGUGUGGCCAGCGCGAGCAGCAUCAAGCAGCUCCUGCUGGAGUGGUGCCGGCAGAAGACGCUUGGCUACCAGCACGUAGACCUGCAGAACUUCUCGUCCAGCUGGAGCGACGGCAUGGCCUUCUGCGCCCUGGUGCAUUCAUUCUUUCCCGACGCCUUCGACUACAGCACCCUGAGCCCCGCGCAGAGGCAGAAGAACUUCGAGCUGGCCUUCACCACGGCCGAGAAUCUGGCCAACUGUGAGCGCCUCAUCGAGGUGGAGGAUAUGAUGGUGAUGGGCCGCAAGCCGGACCCCAUGUGUGUCUUCACCUACGUCCAGUCUCUGUACAACCACCUGCGUCGCUUUGAAUGAAGCCCGUGGGGGCUGGGUGGCCAGGGCGCAGGCCCGGGAGGACACUGUGGGGCGGCCCCACGGGAGUCGCGUGCGUUCUGGUGUGAGCGCGCCCUGGCCGCUGUGUCGCUGAUGUGCCCCCCGCGCGCAGGGGCUCCGAGGAGGAGGGAGCGCGCUCGGUGCUACAUGAUUAUCUCCCUGCAAAUAAAAGGCUUGCCUGUGGAUUCUGGAAUGUGAGAUCCCUUUUCCCUUGGGCGAAUUUGAUACAUUGGCUUCACGGGGUUACACUGGUUACCAAGUGUGUGUGCUCAAAAUACCCAGAGUUUUUUUUUUUUUUUUUUUUUUUUUUUUUACUUUCUCACCGUAUCUUGGGUUCCCUUCCGCCGUCCCUGGGGCCUCUGCCGGGAAGCAGAGAGGACGCCCCAGCCCAGCCUGACGCGGAACCGUUCAGUCUCCCCCAGGUCCUGGGCGGCAGAUGACCUUCAAGUUACCCUGGCUGGCUGGGCGGUGGGAAGGCCGUCACCUGGUCCCCAAAGCUCCCUGUCUCGGGAAGUUAAGGCUUUGGGGGAGGACGAGGCCCUUUGUGCAUAGAGGUAGAUUUUAUUCACAUCUUUUUUUAGGGGAUUUGCUGAGAUAUUUAUGAAAAGUAACUAUGUACCAUUGGCCGUUUGUACAUAAAAAGAUGUGUCAAA